UAUUUCCCUUUGAGGGUGUGAACGCUAUAACCCCUGCCGUCACAGCUUCUCCAAACCCUUUUCUGCCCUCAAAGGUUUCUUCCUCCACGCCACUUUCAGCCAGACGUGUUUCCGGGGUAUUCGCCUAUCGGCCGUUCGUUCGCCUUUCCCUCCCCGGGAAAGCGUUUUCUUUUGUACGGACACGAGAACUUCAAAGAUGGCCACGCCCGCUAUGUUGUUUCCAAUCUUAUUUUGUACGAAGUGGAUAAUACCACGGCCAUCUUAGCUUUUCUCCGUAGCCCACUGAGGUGGACGUAGCCCGCGCCUAUGUUUGAUUUGUGUAAGCUCGAACCUUUGAAAAUUUUUGCAAUUUGCGCGGCAUCGUUGGUGAAACUUCCAGCCUCGCGGCGAAGGGGUUAAGGUGCCAUGAUUUGAAAAUUUUUGCAAUUUGCGCGGCAUCGUUGGUGAAACUUCCAGCCUCGCGGCGAAGGGGUUAAGGUGCCAUGAAAUGGAGUAGUUUCGGUGGCUCUUCAUCGCUCCGUGACAUCCCUGGCUACUGAGGCAAGUACAGGCACACUAUCUCUUGUACGUCAGUAUUGAAAGAUGGCCGCCCCCAAGGAGCCAAGGCGAGGAGGGCGCGGUCUUAUUACCUCAUUCGGAAAUGCCGGAUAUCCAAUUGUCCUUGUUCCUAGACACACCUGUCGCUCUCAUCCGCCGCGGUAGACUGGCUCCGAGAGUAACCAGCGGGCAGAAGUGGAAAAAUUCACGAAGUGCGUGCGGCCUCCGGGAGGUCGCAGUGGGGUCACGAGAGAAUCAGCCACGGGUCCUGGCUCCAAGAGCACGACACAUCAAGGAAAGUAAGGUGGAGGUUCCAGGACUUGUAUAUCUUCAUUUAUGGGGACAACCUUGACUGGAGGCUGAGAUCUUUAACCAGAAAUUUAGGGCAAAUCAAGAGAGACUAAAAACACACUAUCCUAGUUACUGGCAAUCUCAUGAUAACAGAAGAAAAUGAUCAAGAACCAGGAAUCACUGACGUACAGGGAUGUGGCUGUGGAUUUCACCUGGGAGGAGUGGCAGCUCCUGGACACUGCUCAGAAGGACCUGUACAGGGAUGUGAUGUUGGAGAACUUUAGCAACCUGGUGUCAGUGGGGUUUCAAGCUGGCAAGCCAGAUGCACUCUCCAAGCUGGAACGAGGAGAAGAACCAUGGACAGUAGAAGAUGAAAUCCAAAGACAAGCCCGUUCAGCAUAUUCCGAUGACAUCAAGUCCCAGUUAAUCAUAUUACCUCUGGUAUAUGAUGGAAAUUUCUCUUCUGUCAAGAAUCUACAAGAUAUGGCAUCAUCUUGGCAUCAUUUUCCUGACCUCUCUGACCUUGGUAGAGAGGAAAUCGAGAAAGUUGAUGAUUAUCUGCAGGGGCACUUGCAAAACCAAAGAUGUCUGAAGAGAAUGGAACACUGCCAGGGACAUAAUGUAUUUGGAAAUAUUGUUUAUCAGAGGAAAAGUCAUUUUCCUUUAAGGCAAAAUCAUGAUAUAUUUGACUUAUGUGGAAAGACAUUGAAAUCAAAUUUAUAUUUAGUCAACCAGAGCAGAAGCUUUGAAGUAAAGAAGCCUCAUAAGGCUAAUGGAGGUGGGAAAUCCUUUCUCCAUACUAAACAUGAACAAUUUCAUCCUGAAAUUAAAUUUCCUGAAUGCGGAAAACCCUUGAACACAAAGUCACAAUUCAUUAAGCAUCAAAGAACUCACAAGAUAGAUAAACCUCAUGUAUGCAGUGAAUGUGGGAAAGCCUUCAUCAAGAAGUCUCGCCUCAUUGAUCAUCUGAGAGUUCAUACAGGCGAGAAACCUCAUGGAUGCAGUGUAUGUAGGAAAGCAUUCGCCAGAAAGUCCAGGCUCACUGAACAUCAGAAAAGUCAUAUAAGAGAGAAACAUUAUGCAUGCACUGAAUGUGACAAAACCUUUCCCAAGAAGUCACAGCUAAUUAUUCAUCAGACAGCUCAUACAGGAGAGAAACCGUAUGUAUGUAAUGAGUGUGGAAAAGACUUCGUCAAGAAGUCUCGGCUCAUUAAUCACCAGAGAGUUCACACAGGAGAGAAACCUCAUGGAUGUAGUAUAUGUGAGAAAGCAUUCGCCAGAAAGUCCAGGCUCAUUGAACAUCAGAGAACUCACACUGGAGAGAAACCAUAUGAAUGCACAGAAUGUGACAAAGCCUUCCGCUGGAAAUCACAGCUCAAUGCGCAUCAGAAAACUCAUACUGGAGAGAAAUCUUAUAUAUGCAGUGAUUGUGGAAAGGGCUUCAUUCAGAAGGGCAAUCUCAUUGUACAUCAGCGAACGCAUACUGGAGAGAAACCGUAUAUAUGCAGUGAAUGUGGAAAAGGCUUCAUCCAGAAGGGCAAUCUUCUUAUACAUCAACGAACUCAUACUGGAGAGAAACCAUAUGUAUGUGGUGAAUGUGGGAAAGGCUUCAGCCAGAAGACUUGCCUCAUAUCUCAUCAGAGAUUUCACACAGGAAAGACUCCCUUUGUAUGCACUGAAUGUGGAAAAUCCUGCUCACACAAGUCAGGUCUCAUUAACCAUCAGAGAAUUCACACAGGAGAGAAACCGUAUAUAUGCAGUGACUGUGGGAAAGCUUUUAGAGAUAAGUCGUGCCUCAAUAGACAUCGGAGAACUCAUACAGGAGAGAAACCCUAUGGAUGCUCUGAUUGUGGGAAAGCUUUCUCCCACCUGUCAUGCCUUGUUUAUCACAAGGGAAUGCUGCACGCAAGAGAGAAAUGUAUCGGUUCAGUCAAGGUGUAAAAUUCUUUCUCAAAGAGUCAUACCUCCUCACAUACAAGUGAUCUCAUUCAGGAGAAAAACCCUGUUAAUACAGUGACUGUGCAGAUGCUAUCUGCAGUAGCUCAGACAUCAUUAAACAUAGAUGGGCCCCUAGCAGAUAAGAAUAUAGUCCUUUUGGGACAGCCUGUUGCCAGAUGUUCGCCCUCAAAAGAUAAUACAAUUUGCACAGGAGAGAAACCUUAUGAAUGCAGUGACUGUGGUAGUGCCUUCAGAGAUCAGUUACAUCACAUUUCAUGUCAUCAAAAACACACAGGAAUAAACUAUGAUGUAUUCAAAGUGGAAAAGCCUUGGUUGAUAAGUGCAUACUGAGAGAAAUCGUGUGAAUGCAGAGACUGAGAAAGCUUAUUGUGGGAAGAUAGACCCUAUCCUUGGUGAUCAUCAUAGAUCAUCAGUGAGCUCAUAGUGGGUAGAUUUAUAAUGACCAUGGAAAAGCCCCUGCCCAGAAAUAAGACUUAAAUAGGUAUCAGAGAGACGCACAGGAGAGAAACUUGGAAGGCUGUAAAUAUGGCUGGGUUGUCCAUAGUUCAUUCUGCCUCAUCGAUUGUCAGAAGAAAUUAUAUAGAAAUGAAACUCUGAGCACAUUAAUUGAAACAUCUUCAGCAAAAUAUCAGAGAACUCAUGAAGAAGAGAAUCCCUGUGAAAAUUAUGUUUUAGAGAAAUCUAUCACAAGUCUAACCUCAUUAUAUAUCAGAUAAUACACAUGAUGUUCAUUUUAGAACAAUAUACAUCGAAUCACACUCCUAGAUGCCAUGUCAGUGACUGCUAUAAUUCAAAGGAGGUAGUCUGUGUUUCACAUAACUGGUUAAAGUUCUAGCAUAUAAAAUGAUCCCCCAGCCUCCUUUUUUGAAUGAAUCUUCUGUGCCCACUGUGAUGCGAUGGAUCACUUUUAUAUGCCUUUCUCACCAUGGUCUUGUAACUCCCACCAGAUGAUUGGAUGCUUGUUGUUAGGUGCUAUCAAGUCAGUUCUAACUCAUAGCCACCCU